CUUUGCUGGAUAUGUUUUCUUUUUUCCGGAUGUAGCAUCACAUGAAUUAACUGUCAACAUGCAAGAUGGCCACGCAUCACAGGCAAAAUGCUGCUGGGCGGAGAAAAGUACAGGUGUCCUAUGUCAUUAGAGAUGAGGUGGAGAAGUACAAUCGAAAUGGGGUGAAUGCUCUCCAGCUCGACCCAGCUCUCAACCGGCUCUUCACCGCUGGGAGAGACUCCAUCAUCCGGAUAUGGAGCGUCUACCAGCACAAGCAGGACCCGUACAUUGCCUCAAUGGAGCAUCAUACAGACUGGGUCAAUGACAUUGUUCUCUGCUGCAAUGGAAAAACAUUGAUAUCUGCCUCAUCGGAUACAACAGUCAAAGUAUGGAAUGCACAUAAAGGAUUCUGCAUGUCCACGUUACGAACACACAAGGACUAUGUGAAAGCUUUGGCCUACGCCAAGGACAAGGAGCUGGUAGCGUCGGCGGGUCUCGACCGGCAGAUCUUUCUUUGGGAUGUGAACACACUAACAGCCCUCACUGCUUCCAAUAACACUGUAACCACGUCCUCUCUGAGUGGGAACAAGGACUCUAUCUACAGUCUGGCUAUGAACCAGAUGGGCACAGUCAUAGUAUCUGGAUCCACAGAAAAGGUUCUUAGAGUGUGGGAUCCUCGAACGUGUGCAAAACUAAUGAAGCUAAAAGGUCACACAGACAACGUCAAGUCGUUGCUGUUGAAUCGAGAUGGCACUCAGUGCUUGUCAGGCAGCUCAGACGGGACCAUCCGCCUUUGGUCCCUCGGCCAACAGAGGUGUAUCGCCACCUACCGGGUGCACGAUGAAGGGGUGUGGGCCCUGCAGGUAAACGAGGCCUUUACACACGUCUACUCUGGAGGCAGGGACAAAAAGAUCUACUGCACUGACCUGCGUAACCCCGACAUUCGUGUGCUCAUCUGUGAGGAGAAGGCCCCAGUGCUCAAAAUGGAACUGGACAGAUCUGCUGACCCACCUCCUGCAAUCUGGGUCUCGACCACCAAGUCAUCCGUUAAUAAAUGGUCAUUAAAGGGAAUGCACAACUUCAGAUCUUCAGGAGAGUAUGACAAUGACUGCACUACCCCUCUGACACCACUGUGUACUCAGCCAGAGCAAGUCAUUAAAGGAGGUGCCAGUAUUAUCCAGUGCCACAUUCUCAAUGACAAGAGACACAUACUUACCAAAGAUACCAACAACAACGUGGCAUUCUGGGAUGUUCUAAAGGCUUGCAAGGGCGAAGACUUGGGGAAAGUGGAGUUUGAUGAAGAGAUUAAAAAGCGUUUCAAGAUGGUCUAUGUGCCAAAUUGGUUCUCUGUUGACCUGAAAACUGGGAUGCUCACUAUCACAUUGGAUGAGAGCGACUGCUUUGCUGCCUGGGUGUCUGCAAAGGAUGCAGGGUUUUCAAGCUCUGAUGGAUCUGACCCAAAAUUGAACCUGGGUGGACUGCUGCUGCAGGCUCUGCUGGAGUUCUGGCCCAGAACUCGCAUCAACCCCAUGGACGAGGAAGAGAACGAGGUGAACCAUGUGAACGGAGAGCAGGAGAACCGGGUCCAGAAAGGAAAUGGAUAUUUCCAGGUGCCACCACACACACCAGUAAUCUUUGGUGAAGCAGGAGGCAGAACACUGUUUAGGUUGCUAUGUAGAGAUUCUGGUGGAGAGACUGAAUCUAUGCUGCUGAAUGAGACAGUCCCACAGUGGGUUAUUGACAUAACUGUAGAUAAAAAUAUGCCCAAGUUCAAUAAAAUCCCAUUCUACCUCCAGCCCCAUUCCUCUUCUGGUGCAAAAACUCUGAAGAAGGACCGUCUCUCGGCCAGUGACAUGCUUCAGGUUAGGAAGGUGAUGGAGCAUGUCUACGAGAAAAUCAUUAACCUUGACAACGAGUCGCAGACCACCAGCUCCACGGCCAAUGACAAACCCGGGGAGCAGGAGAAGGAGGAGGACAUGGCCAUGCUUGCCGAGGAGAAGAUUGAGCUAAUGUGUCAAGACCAGGUUCUGGAUCCCAACAUGGACCUGCGGACAGUUAAACAUUUUAUCUGGAAGAGUGGCGGGGACUUGACUCUUCACUAUAGGCAGAAGUCCACGUGAAAGUCGUCAUUUUUGAAACAAGAACUCUGUCAUUUGCCAAUCACCACCCACCUCUGACAUGUAGUACCCUAAACCCCAUUGUGUGGUCAAGAGUCGCUGUAUCAAUGAGAAACCAGUAACAUAUGUGAGGACGUGGCUCAUGGUGUAUCGUAGGGAACUGACCAGAACAGGCCCGAGCAGCCAACAGACACCUGGGAAACAAGUGGUCCAUGUUUCUUUUUUUUAAGUUUGAAGAACGGACUCUAAUGGGUUAUAUUAUUUCGAUUUGGUUCAUUUUUUUUUCUCCCAAUUUGGCCGCUUAGUUUGUUUCAUUCCUCCUGACUGCCAUUUUGUUUUGAAGCGAUCGUGUUUGUGUGUGUGUGUAUAUGCACAUGGAUGUAGUAGACUGUUUUAGUACAUUCCAGAAACUGUCCUUGUUCUACAAACACUCCACAGCCGUCUCAGCAGUGUCACCACUUUAGGAGUACACUUGGUCUCUGGGUAGCAUCACAAUCCCUAAAAAUCAAUCCUUUCGUUCUGUUGUCGUCAUCGUACAUCUGAACUUGAACUUAACCUUGGCUUAGACGUCUAAUCAUUGAACUUUGCUGACAGCAGCACUUGUCUUUGUCUUUUCUGUUUAGCUGUGCUGUUCUCAAUGGACUGAAUGUUAUUUUUUGUAAAUAUAUGUACAACAUUUUUUUCAUUUUGUUCAGAAGUGUAAAGGGGUUGCUGCAGUUCUAUUCUGUUGAUGUACAGUUUACUUAAAAAAAAACAAAAAAAAGGUUAUUUUUCAAAAUCCCUAGAGCACAUUCGUGGUCAUGAAGUUAAAUUUGACUUGGAUGUUAUGAGUUGUAUUCGCUACAACCCAGAAAUUGCAGUUCACUCUUUAAGAAUGUCGGUAGUCGUUCAAGUCAUCUAAGCGAUUGGGCAAUUAUAUACAAGGCAUAUUAUAUCUUAAACAAUAACUAAUGCUUACUCCUCAUUCUGUACUCAGCUCAGGAGCAGUGACUCUGCUGACAGUGAGGGUUUUUCCUAAUGUACAUUUCCUUUUAGAUUCAAUAGGAGUUAAAUGAAUCAUAAAUAUAUGUAACUUCAAGGGGGGAAUCUCAUCCAAGAGAAUAUAUGAACAUUCAACCACUGUGGGAAAUUCACUAAAGUGAAAUAAACUCAGCUUCCCAUUUCUCUUGGUGUGUCACCAAGCAGAACAACAGAUCGUUUCAUUGUACAUUUUCUGGAGUUAAUUUUGUAAUGAAAAGUGUGAGUGUGUUAAGCUGUUGUGGGGGGACGCUUAGAGUGAGCUCUAAUUGGCCAAAAACAGGAUGGGUAACAUAAUUAGGCCAUAACACUGCAAUAUCCCUGUUGUAAUAACUUGUGAAAUAUGUAUAUUUUAGGCAUUCAUAGAAAUAAAUUGGAAUGGUUUAACAAUGA